UUUGACCAUAGGACAGACUACUAUUACAAACACACAGCGUGCGAUUGGUUACACUUCACCACAAGAUGAACUUCUUACAAAGCAUAUUCAAGAAAGAUCACUCAGCGGAGAGAGACCAGGAGAUUAGUCAGGUUGUGCCGAUCAGUGAAUGCUCUCAUGAGUGUGAAUCGUGCACCACGAAGUACCCAUCCUCCGUCAAGAUUGACACUUCUGAGGACAUCUACAACAGUGCUAAGCAAACAGCUUGCCAUUUUAUCGUCCCUACAGGCCAAAGCGACUGGCAACAUGACGCUACAAGCACACCGCACUCCAUUGAAAACAACAUUGUUCAAUGGAUUGAAAAGGAAUCAUCAGGGUUGUUUGACCAUGGAAGCGUUAAAUGCUCGACGUCUUCUCUUCCUAUUGACUUUAUGGAUCCCAAAGCCAUGGAGCGUCAGCGUGGUGAUGUCCUGAUCAUGCCUUUCUUUGUAUGGGUUCGUCGUGUUGAUGCUGAGAACGUUGGCGCGGUGCUCUCAGAGCUGAUUCCACAGCUCAUCAAAGCCCGCAAUGAACAAGCGCAACCACCAGCUGAGAUUCAGGGCUACGCUGUGGAUAAGACUGAGGCCCGUGCAUACAUCUUUCUGUGCUCACACAAGACCAGAGAUAAACGCUGUGCGAUUACUGCACCGUUGAUGAAGAAAGAGAUGGAUGCCAGACUAAGAGAAACCGGCAAUUACAGAGACAUUGGCGACGAUAGCGAGGAUGGUGUACACGUAUCCUUCAUCAACCACGUUGGUGGUCACAAGUAUGCAGCUAAUGUGAUAAUCUACCUUAGAACAGGUGAGAUCUUGUGGCUAGCGAGAUGUACACCAGCAACUGCCAAACCCAUCAUCGAUGAAACAGUACUAGGAGGUGGUAAAGUCUGGGGUGAUCUUGUCAGAGUUGUUCAGAAGGAGAAGGCUAUAGAAUGGUGACCAA